CAAUUGCGCUUCGCAUUCCUACACAUAAUUCUGUUUUGUGUUUUUGUUUUGUUUAUUUUUUUUUCUAACUCGAUCAAUUUUAUGCCCGAUCGAUCAAUAACUGAAAGUGCAGUUAACAAAAACGAAGUGAAUUGAUAACUUUUGCAAUGGCAAUGGCAUUCCGCUUGUCCAAGCACGAAACGAGCGUCAUCAGUGCGGAAGACACUUCGCUCGAGCAGCUCGACUCAAGCGUCGAAAUGCAAUCGCGUUCCCCAUCGCCAUUCGUAUUUAAUCCGCGCAAACUGCGCUUUGCCGACGAUGAUUUUGACAAGGAUCCGCUGGAAAGUCCGCAAAACAACAAUAAUAACAACAACAACAAUAUCAACAACAAAAAGAAACCACAGCGAGAUGUGGACAUGUCGCCGCCCUGCCAGAAAGUUCGAGCACUGCGCCUGUUCAACACGCCCGCAACGCCAAAGACCAUCUUGCAAAAGUCAACGACGAACUUCAGCAAUCAUUUGUCUGGUGCCGCUGCAGCAGCCAAUGCCAGCAAACAUCAGGUCGAGGAUCACAUUUUUAAAUUAAGCGACCGUCCGCGUUCCCUGCCGCUGCACAACCACAGGAGCAUGCAACCCCAGGACACAGCCAAUGUUAAUCCCUUCACACCAGACAGUUUAAUGGCGCAUAAUAAGAAGCGUUGUCGUACUCAAUUCGGAUGCGAGAAUCUCAAUCUGAGUGCCAUGCAAAGGUUUCUGCUCAGCGAGCCCAGCGACGAGGAUGGUGGCCAUGAUGGUGCGGGUGGCAUCGAUGCGGCAAGGGAAAUCCAUCAGCAGGCGCCGAAACGUUUGGCGUUGCAUGACACAAACAUCAGUCGCUUCAAGCGCGAGUUUAUGCAGGUCAGCGUCAUUGGUGUCGGCGAGUUCGGAGUUGUUUUUCAGUGCGUCAAUCGGCUGGAUGGCUGCAUCUAUGCGAUCAAAAAAAGCAAAAAGCCCGUUGCGGGCAGCUCAUUCGAGAAGCGCGCCUUGAACGAGGUGUGGGCGCAUGCGGUUCUGGGCAAGCAUGAUAACGUGGUGCGAUACUAUUCCGCUUGGGCGGAGGACGAUCAUAUGUUGAUACAGAAUGAAUUCUGUGACGGUGGCAGUCUUCAUGCGCGUAUCCAGGAGCACUGCCUGGGCGAAUCCGAGCUAAAGAUAUUGCUGAUGCAUGUGAUUGAAGGCCUGCGCUAUAUACAUUCGAAUGAUCUGGUGCACAUGGAUAUCAAGCCGGAGAACAUAUUCUCCACAAUGAAUCCGACGGCGCACAAGUUAUGCCCCAAUCCACAGCAGCAGCAGCCCGGCAGCAAGGACGACGAUGGCAUGGACAGUGUCUACGAAGAGUUGCGUCGCUCCGAGAAUCUCGUCACUUAUAAAAUUGGCGAUUUGGGACAUGUGACGUCCGUGAAUGAGCCGCAUGUGGAGGAGGGCGACUGUCGCUACCUGCCCAAAGAGAUACUGCAGGAGGACUACAGCAAUCUGUUCAAGGCCGACAUCUUCUCGCUGGGCAUAACGCUGUUCGAGGUAGCCGGCGGCGGACCGCUGCCAAAGAACGGGCCCGAAUGGCACAAGUUGCGUAACGGUGAGGUGCCCACGAUUCCAACGCUUAGCAAAGAUUUCAAUGAGCUUAUUGCGCAAAUGAUGCAUCCGGAGCCAAAUAACAGACCCAGCUCAAUGUCCAUAUAUAGUCAUCCCAUUUUGAGCGCUGUGGACUCCAAAAGCAAAUUGCAGCUUGGCCUGGAGCUGACCGUCGAGAAGCGAAAGAAUGAGAUAUUGAUGAACAAGUUGAGGGAAGCCAAAAAGCAAAUCAAACUGCUCGAACAGCGUGUUUCUGUACUGGCCAGUAGUUCGGAGCCAUUGGACGGUCAACGGUGCCUGCGAUCCUUUACGCGACGCAUGCGGACACCGUUUGCGUCGCAUGCUAAAUUUAAUAAUCUUGGCGAUCGGAACAAGAACGUUAUUGCCAAUUUUUGACAAUUUCGAUUCAGCUUAACGCCGGCACUAAAAACUCUUCCGCAUUCAAAGUGAACAAAGCUCACAUUCUUGUUAAUUUAAGCAUGUAUCCAUAGUCUAUAAGUUGUUGCGCACUACGCAGUUCCAAAAGAAACAAACUAAAAAAGCCUCAAUAUCGUUUGAGGUUUGUUCCUAAUCGAUUUUACUAAAGAAAACACAACGCAAAAAGGUCAAUUUAUACAUUUCUCUAUUGAAAUUUCUUGAAUAAACAAAAAAGCGUCAUGGUA